AUGGAUAGACCGAGUAUAUACCAGCCAUCGAAGUAUCGGCAAGGGAAAGAUAAAGAAAAAUAUCAAUGGACGAAAAAGGAGCAAACCGACUUCGUAGCAAACAACAAGGCUGAUGUGGUAGCAGAUGAAAUUAAUGCCUGGGUUGAAAAUGUUACUUCAAACUUGAUCAAAGAGCUCCUUCCUCCCGGAUCUGUCGACAGUGACACUAGAUUGGUCCUGGGGAAUGCACUCUACUUCAAAGGAUCCUGGACUGAAAAGUUUGAUGCAUCUAAGACAUUAAACUCUGAAUUUUACCUGCUGAAUGGAACAUCUGUCGAAGUGGCUUUCAUGACUAGUAGGAAAAAACAGUUUCUGGCCUCAUACGAUGGAUUCAAGGUUCUUAGGCUUCCCUAUAAGCAAGGUGAAGAUAAAAGGUCAUUCUCUAUGUAUAUCUUUUUGCCAGACGCCAAAGAUGGUCUAUGGAGUUUGGAGGAGAAGUUAAACAGCGAAUCUGAGCUCUUAACACGUUUUCUUCCUAUGCAAAAGGUUGAAGUGAACUCUAAUACUUAA